GGGAGCGGAAGCGGCGCUCGGACGCGAUUAAAAUGGCGGCGGCGUGAAGUUGCAUGUUGUUGUGGGGGACCCCCAGCUGAGUCCGUUGGGAGGAACCGCCAGUUGCCGCCGCCGCUACCGCCGCCGCCGCCCUCUCCCCUGCCUCCCUCCCGCCCGCCCGCCAUGGCGGUGACCGUCACCCUGAAGACCCUCCAGCAGCAGACCUUCAAGAUCCGCAUGGAGCCUGACGAGACGGUCCGAGUUCUUAAGGAGAAGAUUGAGGCUGAAAAGGGCAAGGAAGCGUUCCCAGUGUCGGGACAGAAGCUUAUCUAUGCUGGCAAGAUCCUGAGUGAUGAUGUCCCUAUCAAGGAGUACAAGAUUGAUGAGAAGAACUUUGUGGUGGUGAUGGUCACCAAGAACAAAACAGGCUCAGGAGCUCCUGUCCCCUCACCAAGUGAGGCAGCGCCCCCAUCAGAGCCUACACCAUCCUCUGGACAGAUGCUGCUGCCUGGAGCAGCUACUGUUUCACCCCCACUAGGAACUCCAACAAGUGAGGAGAAGCCUCCUGAAGAGUCAGUGACUGUUUCCCCCCAGGAAUCAGUUGGCUCUGUUCCCUCUUCAGGUAGCAUGGGACGUGAAGAUGAUGCAGCUUCCACUUUAGUUACUGGCUCAGAGUAUGAGACAAUGCUGAAUGAAAUCAUGUCAAUGGGCUAUGAGCGAGAGCGGGUGGUGGCAGCUCUACGGGCCAGCUACAACAACCCUCACCGGGCUGUGGAAUACCUGCUAACGGGUAUCCCAGGUAGCCCAGAACCAGAGAGAGCCUCCAUCCAGGAGAGCCAACCCCAAGAGCAGUCGGCACCAGAAGGAGAGAACCCUCUGGAAUUUCUGCGAGACCAGCCCCAGUUCCAGAACAUGCGCCAGGUGAUCCAGCAGAACCCAGCUCUGCUCCCAGCCCUGCUCCAGCAGUUAGGCCAAGAGAACCCUCAGCUGCUGCAGCAAAUCAGCCAACACCAGGAGCAGUUCAUUCAGAUGCUCAAUGAACCACUGGGUGAAGUACCUGACAUCGCAGACAUUGAAGGAGAGAUGGGUGCUAUUGGGGAGGAAGCCCCUCAGAUGAAUUACAUCCAAGUCACGCCUCAGGAAAAAGAAGCCAUUGAAAGGUUAAAGGCCUUGGGCUUCCCUGAGAGCCUGGUGAUCCAGGCCUACUUUGCUUGCGAGAAGAAUGAGAACCUGGCGGCCAACUUCCUGCUGAGUCAGAACUUUGAUGACGAGUGAUAAAAGAAAAGAGUUUUAUAUAAAAUUCUCUAUAUAAAUAUUCGUUUAUUUAAAGGGGCACGUAUUGGGAUAUGGGGGAAUGGUAUGAUUUUAGAAUGUCCCAGGCAAUUUUGCUGGCUGGAGGAAAAUACUCUACCUUGGAAACUGGGCAGUUGGGGGAAAAGCAGAACUAAGGCACCUGCUCCUCUUUCCCUCCCCAAGAAACAAGGGCUGCAUUUGAGCCCAGCUGCAUCCCACGACAGUCCUUGGACUGGCAAGCAGGAUGUUCAGGGAAAGGUUGACAUGGCAGAUGGGUUCGAUUGGACCUCCUCCCAUCUGAGCUGACUGCGUGUGUGCAAACAGAUUGCUCUUUUGUUUGCAAAUCCUUCCCCCCUCCCUCCCCCCCCCACCAAUGCACAGUGCUACAAUGCCUAAAUAUGUCUGGGCUCAUCAGCUAAUUCUGUCAGUAGUAUUAUUCCCUUCCCUUUCCACUGGCCUUUGAAAGAAGCCCAGUGCUUCAUCCGUGUUCCAGAGAGCUGCUUGCACUAGGUGGGUGACCUGCCUUCUGAUGAUCUUUUUGAUAACUGUGCUUGCACUGAAGAGGCUGUGCCACGAUGGAGGAAUACCUUGUAAUGUUGCACAUAAACCCCUUUUCCCAGCCCUGGUAUUACCUUUCAUCCUCCUCUGCUAAGCAGUCACCCACCAUGUAACUGCAGCUCUUUGGCACUCUUCUUAAAUUAAUUCUCAGAAGUAGUACUGGAAACUGGGGCCUGGUGAAACGGUUGCCCUUUGGGGCACUUUGACUGUUUGAGUUUAUCCCACUUCCCAUGGCUACUCUGCAGAAUUGGAGAAGUGGCCGAACUGCCUUUGCCGUCUCGCUUCCCCAGACUUGCCUAAGCAGGGCUCAUCACUCAUGUAACACAUUGCUCAGCAGAGUUUAAUUUCAAAUUGUUUUAACAUUAACAUCUUGAAACGCGAGUCUUUUAAAAGCGGCUUUUUGGCACUCGUGUCCAUUGAAUGAAUUCCAUUUUUAACAUUUUCUGUGUUGUGGAAGUUUUAAGGAAAUUAAUAUUUUCUAGUAUUAACUUGAUUUACCUGUUGUUUGAAAGAUUCUUGCAUUUUAAGGACUCCCCCCCCCUUAAAGGAAACCCAUUAGUAUUGGGGAAUACAGAAUCUCUUUGUUAAACGUUGGGGGGGGGCGCUUUGCUUUUUUAAUUUGGUGGGAAAUAUCAAAUUGGCAUAUUUUCGCAAAUCUUUAUAGGAAAAUUUAAAAAAGGAAAAUUCUGCUUUGAUGUACCUUUUUGAAGCUUGAGUUUGAACUGACUGCACUUGAACAUAUCCUGAUUGAUCUCGCCAAGAAGCUGAUCUGGUACUUGGCUUCAGUCUCUAAUAUCCAGUGAAAUUGACCUUGAACUUGAGAUGCACAGGCACAGAACUGCAGAGUUUCCUCCAGUUUAGCUCAUCCUUCACCUUAUCAUAGGAAUGUUGGUCAAAAUUGUUGCUGGUUUGAACAUCAAUAAAACUGUCAGUAUCACCUGUCUAAACCCCCGUUUUCUUCGAUGAACCAUGAAAUUGACUACUGUCUUCCCCCUCUACCCUCAUAACAAUCCUGUCUCGAGUCCCACUCUUUCCUCAGCACAUGCCCACUGCAGAGGGAUCAGGAGUAUUGCCUCUAUGCCUCAAAAAUAAAUUCCGAAGCCAUAAA